GAGGAGCUGGAGGCGGCCGCAGCUUUCACCCGCGCGCGGAGACGUUUAAAAACCCUGCGCCUUGACAGCUCCGCUGGCAGCCGCCGCGGUCCCGGUCCGGUGUCCCGCACUCCCUGCUGGCAGCCGGCUCCGGGUCUGGGCGAGCCUCCGACCGCUGGUUUUGUUCCCUUGGUCGCGGGACGCGCUCCAUGCGGUCGCCCAGCAUGUCCGGGCACUUUCUGCUUGCUCCUAUCCCCGAGUCCUCCUCGGACUACCUCCUGCCCAAGGACAUCAAACUGGCUGUGCUAGGUGCCGGCCGCGUGGGCAAGAGCGCAAUGAUCGUGCGUUUCCUCACUAAGAGGUUCAUCGGCGACUAUGAACCGAAUACAGGCAAGCUGUAUUCACGUCUCGUCUAUGUAGAGGGGGACCAGCUAUCCCUGCAGAUCCAAGACACUCCUGGGGGCGUCCAGGUCCAAGACAACCUCACCCAGGUGGUGGAUUCCCUGUCUAAAUGCGUGCAGUGGGCUGAGGGCUUUCUGCUGGUCUAUUCCAUCACAGACUACGACAGCUACCUGUCUAUCCGGCCCCUUUACCAACACAUCCGGAAGGUCCAUCCUGACUCUAAAGCCCCUGUCAUCAUCGUGGGCAACAAGGGGGACCUUUUGCAUGCCCGGCAGGUGCAAACACAUGACGGCGUUCAGCUAGCCAACGAGCUGGGCAGCGUGUUCCUUGAAAUCUCCACUAGUGAGAACUAUGAAGAUGUCUGUGAUGUGUUUCAGCAUCUCUGCAAAGAAGUGAGCAAGCUCCACAGCCUCAGCGGGGAAAGGAGAAGAGCCUCCAUCAUCCCCCGGCCACGCUCUCCCAACAUGCAGGACCUGAAGAGGCGCUUCAAGCAGGCUCUGUCUUCCAAAGUCAAAGCCCCCUCCACCCUGGCGUGAACCUCCUCAGACAGAGUCUUCUUUUUAUUAUGCAUUUGUGCAGCUAAAAAGACUGGACUUUUCCCUUUUUAAUCACACACUCAGAGUUUAUUUUUAUAUAGACUUUAUUGGUUUUCAAGUGUAUGUGUAUUUCGGAAAUUUCAAAUGAUGAUCUAGAAGUUGAAUACUUUUCUUUUUCAAUUUUUUUUUUUUUUUUUACUGUAACUGCUAG